AUGUUUUCUUUUUUAUUACAGGCCAAUACAUUAAUUUCAUCAAUCUGUCAAUCAGCCUGGACACUAGGAUUACACCAGACGUUUCUUCUGCUUUUGAUUAUUGGAAGAUGGUUCCUGCCAAUCGGAGUGGGAAUAACUCGUGAUCAGCUUUCUCAACUUCUCCUGAUGUUUGUGGGCACUGCUGCAGAUAUUUUGGAAUUCACUAGCGAGACAAUGGAAGUAGUUGUCGUAAGAGAAAACAUCAUAUUGGUUUACUCAAUCCUUGGUAUUUGGACAUGGAGCAUGUUGCAGUUCCCACUUGAUCUAGCUGUACAAAAUAUUGGAUGCCAUCAAGGAUCAACCUCCAAGAGGGGCCUGUGUUUACUGUUCUGUAGAUACAGUGCAGAUCUUUGGAACAUUGGAAUUAGUCUACUGAUUCAAGAUGGUCCUUUUCUCAUAUGCCGCAUCAUCCUUAUGGCCUAUUUCAGUGUGGUUAACCAAAUGCUGGUAUUUUUUGCUGCCAAAAAUUCCCUGGUAGUCAUUUUACAACUUUAUCGUCUUAUUGUAUUGUUGAUAGACUUCCAGUCUUCUUUUGAAAAUACUGAUAAAAAAGCAAAAAUGGAAGACAGUUGCUGUGCAUGUGAAUCCACUGAUAAUCAGGAAGAAUUAAUCAGCAGUGCUGAUAUUGAAACAAGGAGCACUGAGAACAACAGUACAGCUAUUUUUCUUGAUGAACCUGAAGGACAGUUGUAA